AGAGACUUCUCACUUUGUAGCAUAACAAACACUUCAACUGUUAACAACUGAUUUUUGAAUGGCUUCCUCACAACCAUUGCUACCCAUCCAUGUGAGUCUUCAAGAGCUUGCAAAAGAAUUCAAAGUAGCUGUCCCUGAUCGCUACGUUCAGGAGCAUCGAGAGCCCACCGUUAUCUUUAAUGGCUCUUCACCUUUGACCUCUAUCCCAGUCAUUGAUUUGAAAGAUUUUAUCAAUAUGUCAGGAAAGAAUGACGAUAACCUGAAAAGUCUGCGCUCCGUGUGCCAAAAAUGGGGAAUCUUUCAGUUGGUGAAUCAUGGAGUAGACAAAUUGUUGGUGGAGAAAAUGAAGAAGGAAACCAUACAAUUUUUCAACAUGCCUGUGGAAGAGAAGCUGAGGUACAAGUUGGAGGGAGGUGACUAUGAGGGGUAUGGUCAAACCAUACUCCAUACUCAAGAUCAGAAAAUUGACUGGGCUGAUCGCUUUUAUAUGAUCACCAAUCCUAUUAACAGAAGGAAAUCCCAUUUACUUCCAGAGUUCCCUCCAUCACUAAGAGAUACCAUGGAGAACUACUUGCAAGAACUGCAAAAACUUGCCAUUAAUUUGUUGGGUUUAAUUGGGCAAGCAGUAGAUAUUGACAAGCAAGAGAUGGUAGAUAUAUUUGAAGAUGGAAUCCAAUCAGUGAGGAUGACUUACUAUCCUCCAUGUCCCCAACCAGAUCUGGUCAUCGGUCUUACCCCUCACUCUGAUGCUACUGGAAUUACCAUUCUUCUCCAAGUCAACGAUGUCGACGGUUUGCAAGUCAAGAAAGAUGGGGUAUGGAUCCCUGUGAAUUUUCUUCCAGAUGCUUUGGUCGUAAAUAUUGGAGACAUUCUUGAGAUAAUGAGCAAUGGUAUGUACAACAGCAUUGAGCAUAGAGCGACUGUUAACACAACAAAAGAGAGGAUUUCAUUAGCCAUGUUCUUUAAUCCAAAGCUUGAUGCAGAUGUUGGACCAGCAAAGAGUCUCCUAACAAACACAGGAGACCCACCGCUGUACAAAACACUCGUAAUGGAACAGUACCUCAAGGACUUCUUCUCCCGCAAGCUCAAUGGAAAGACAUUUAUCGAGAAAAUGAAAAUAAGAAGCAGUGAAGCAAUUGAAACUUGAUCAAAUAUCCUAGUCAUGUUUUAUCGUAAAAUAAUUUGGUUGACGUUAUUCGAAGUAUAAGCUAGAAACAAAUAAAACAUAAAUUGAACAUGAUUGACAUACAAAUAAUCUAUAGAGUAGUUAUGAACUCCAUGUUUUACAUGUAGUAUCGAUAUGGAUCUAAAUAGUGAAUGUUAUUCGAAGUAUAAGCUAGACACAAACACUUAAGAUGGCGGUUAUGACAGUUAAUGAUAGUUAUUCAACCGUUAUGACCGGAGGGUUGCAACAGUUUACUAUGUGAUAUAUAUCUAUAUAUAGUUGUAUA